CAACCUCGACGCGAGAACUGCCCGUUGGCGCCACUUCCCACUCGAUUGCCACCGCCGCCGUCACAACAACACUCGUCUCGGCAUGUGGCAAGCAAAUCGGGCGUCUUUGUCGUCCACACGCGCGUGGGAGAGUAUCCGCUUACGUCUGCGCAAGGAUAAUGCGGCCGUGCUCUCAAGCGCAGAGCUCGAUGCGAUCUUGGCCCAGAUCAUGACGUUGCCCAUGCCGCCAGUGCGACUGCGCACGGACGAGGUCGGGUCAACGUUGAUGGCUCUUGCCCAAGUGCUGCCGCCAAAGUCAGAACUGCUCGUGUCCGAGUUUACGUCGGUGGUGCGCCAUUGCUGCAAGGACAAACUGGUGUUGACCGCCGACCACCUGCACGUGCUUGUUCCGUUCUUCCUCGCGGCCCUUUCCCACUGCCCUUCGUGGUAUGCCGAGCAAAUCUUGACGACGCUGUCGGUGCUCUUGGCCGACAACGCGCCUGCCGCCGCCGCGGCCUUCGCCGACUCCAUCUACGUCGCGGCGACGCCACACUUGAGUCCAUCCAGCGCCGACGUUGGCGCGCGGUACGCCGCGACCACGUGCAUGGCCCACCUCGUGGCGGUGGCCGACGCGCCGCCUCCCUAUUUUGCCGACCUGUGGAAGCAAAUCAUGGACAACUUCAAGCAGCAGACGCGGCAGCUGCACGUCGAUGGGCCCCGCGUCGUGUGGACCACCAACCGCACGCAUUACAAGAGCUGCCUCGCGAGUUUGCAAUGCCUGUUGCGGCUCAUGGAGCUUGACACGGCGGCCAGUUCCAGCGGCGCUGGUCCAAGUGUGGUGGAGGCCCACAUGUCAAAAGUCCUCGAAUGUCUUCGCUUGCUAUUGGGGUGUGGCCUGUCGCUGUCUACCACGGCCAUGGUCGUCGGCCGCGUGCCGUUGAUCGAUUCCGAUUCCGAUUGUAGCUCCAAGCAUCCUUCCCAGCGCGGCAUAGGCUUGGCGGCGCGGCUGCGGCUCGAAGUUGUGCGGGCGCUGGAGGUCGUACUCCAUGCGUUUCCCCACUUGAUCACGCCGACAUUGGCGCAGUAUUUGCCCGACACGACCACGCCAUGCUUGGUGCUGUACAACGGCCACCCGUCUGUGCUGACGCUGGCCGUCGUGGACCCGUACGACCAAGUGCGGCUGAAGACUCUGCAUUGGCUCGACAUGUUGCUUCCGCUGGUGAACGUCAAGGCAACGCUGUCGCAGAAUUUCAAGCACGCGUCCACGGCCUUUACGACCACCGGCGGCGCGCUCCUGCAGAUGGUCCAUCAGGUGCACGUGAUGCUGCUGCAUACAGUGCAGCACGAGCACGACGCCGCGGUAUUGGUUCAAGCCAUCAAGACUCUAACCACGCUCGCGACGUUGUGCCCAUAUCCCAACAUGUUACAGUCAGCCGAUCACCUUCGUUGUCAACGCCCUGCAUUGAUUGACAAGGCAACUACUACUAUAACAACGAUGUUGUCGUUGGACGCGAUUUUACAAGCGCUGGCCCACCACCUGCACGGCGCCUUAUUCGCGCCAGAUCACACGGUGCGAGUGAGUGCGUUGGCGUGCCUGGCGGCUCUGCUGAGCACACCAGAGCCCGUGGCGAGUGUGUUGGAGUGGCUGGCUCAACCUGCCACUACCGCUGCGAUAAAGUCCCCACUGUACCACUUGCAUGCGACGCCGUUGCUUCGCCUUCGACCGCGUCGCUUUCUCGAAGACAUGCUGAGUCCGGCGAAAUCCACUGCCAGUCUCACGCAUCCUUCAACUAGUAGUACCCGAAGUAGUACUAGUACUAGUACUAGCCCGCGCGAGGCCACCAAUAUGUUGCAUCGACUCGACGCCAUGUCGUUGUUGUCGAAAACGGCCAAGAACUACGCACCCGCCUUGAGUGCCCACUGGCCGCGCCUGUCCGCGUUCCUUCUCGCUGCUUUCCGUGACGUCGAUCAAAACGUACGGCUGCAAGCGGUCAAGAUCUUGGAGAAUUACAUCAAGGGGGGCGACAACACCCCCCACACGUCGCACCACCUCUCGUUCCUAUCCACGCACGUGCUCCGUGCGUUCCAAGACCCGUCACAUCACGUCCGAGCCAGCGUGUGCGCGUGUUUUACGCUGCUGCGGCCGGACGAGUGGCCGACCUUCGCGACGGAUCCGGCGUUCAACGCGUGCUUCUUGGCCACCCCGCGCGAUCCGUCGCCGGUGGUGCGCGCGGCGGGCUUUCGACUGCUGGGGGCGAUGGCUCUCGUGCCCGUGUUCAAGACAUGUGACUUUAUUGGAGCGGUGGUGCGCAUGGGCAUGGAGGCGGCGGCCGACUCGACGCUCAACGUCCGCGUGCGCGUGGUGUGGGCCAUCGGCAACGCCUGCACGACCCCCGGGCCCGACGCCCCCGACGCCCCUGACAGUCCGUGGCUGGUGCGGCUGCUGCCGCCUGCGACCAUCGAUCAAGUGCUGCAGUGCAUGCUGCACUUGGUGGAAGACAACGACAAGGUGGCGUCGAGUGUCGUGCGGACGCUGGGGCUGCUUGCGCGGUGGCUCAUGGCGCCCCAGUACUUGGAAGCUGCUUCGUCCAAUCUCACGACGAACGCUGGAGAUGAAGGCGGGGGGGCUAACUCGACCCUGCUGGCCGACGCCAUGACUGUCCUCGCCAAAAAGGUCGUGGACGGAGCUCCCAAGGUGCGGUGGAAUGCGUGCCAUGCCAUGGCCAAAGUAUUUCACUGCCCUGAGCUGCCCCUGGCAUCCGUGUCGUGGACCCCCGCCGUGUUUACGGCCCUCACCACGGCCAUCGCCCAGCAAGACAAUUUCAAAGUGCGCAUCAGUGCGGCGAUGGCGCUGCGCAUUUCGUGUGCGCGGGCGUCAUACGGGGUUUUUUUCUAUGGGAUUUUGCAAACAAUUUUGGACGCCCUCGAUGCGGCUGUGGACUUGACCGACAUUUGCGAGUACAAGUACAAGGCGCAGCUGGAACUCCAGCUGUCAUUUACGCUGGUGCAUUUGGUGGCGCUGGUGCAGUCGCCUGCGGACGAAGUCGCCCUGGGGGAGAUGCUGUGUCGCAAGUACAAGGACUUUAUAUACGACUGGCUGUACCACCAGCAGCACAAGAUGUAUGCGGCCAUCUUUGGUGACGAAGUGGCGGCGACGGCGGACGAGGGCGAUGGCGGCGGUGGCGGUGGCAGUGCCGAGGACGGCCACGAAAUCAACCCCGUGACAUGCGCGCAGGUGGUGGACGCGUGCGACGUGCUGCGCCGCGUGAUCCAGCAGUACUGCCCGCACACGGCGUCGUGCUUGGCGCAGAUUGCCGAAGUCAAGUUGAUCUUCGAAAUGGACAUGCUCGAUGCGAUCGGGUUUGAGUUUUAG